AUGAAACCGAGAAGUAUCCAUCACCGGAAGCGUCAGUCACAACAAGCGAGCGAAUUAUUUCGAAAUUGGAUUUGUAUGAAAAUCGCGUUCUGUUCUAUUCUAUUCAUUCAUUCACUUUCCUUCUUUUUUUUUUUUUUUUUUUUUUUCAUUUCUCCAUUUUCUGGUUGCCAUUCUACUUGUAAAUCUCCCGCCUUUUUCCUCUCGUCUCUCUCUCUCUCUCUCUCUCUCUCGCUGUCUUUUUCUUCUUCAUUCCCUUUGUGUCUUUUAUGCUUAACCAGAAAUAUUCUUCCAAUUAAAUAUUUUGUAAAUUUUAGUCUUUUACACGUCACCUUCGAUUGCUUUUGUUUCGUUUGCGAGAUAAACAAAUCUUCUUCUUCUUCUUCUUUAUUUCUAUAUUGCUUCGUCAGAUGCUUUUAUUCUUUCUUUCUCUUUGUGCGUCUUUCUCAUUCUUUCUUUCUUUCUAUAUUUUCUCGUCAGAUACUUUUUUUUCUUUUCUUUUUCUAUAUUGCCUCAUCAAAUACUUUUAUUCUUUUUUCUUUCUAUACUGUUUCGUCGGAUAUUUUAAUCUUUCUUUUUUCUUUUCUUUCUUUCUUUCUUUCUUUCUAUACUGUCUCGUCAGCUACUUUUACUCUUUCUUUCUUCCUUUUUCUUUUUUUUAUAUUGCCUCAUCGGAUACUUUUCUUUUUUUUCUUUUUUCUAUACUGUUUCGUCAGAUACUUUCUUUCUUUCUUUCUUUCUUUUUUUCUUUCUUUCUUUCUUUCUUUCUUUCUAUACUGUCUCGUCAGCUACUUUUACUCUUUCUUUCUUCCUUUUUCUUUUUUUUAUAUUGCCUCAUCGGAUACUUUUCUUUUUUUUCUUUUUUCUAUACUGUUUCGUCAGAUACUUUCUUUCUUUCUUUCUUUCUUUCUUUACUGUCUCGUCAGCUACUUUUACUCUUUCUUUCUUCCUUUUUCUUUUUUUUCGUCAGAUACUUUCUUUCUUUCUUUCUUUCUUUCUUUCUAUACUGUCUCAUACUUUUCUUUCUUUCUUUCUUUCUUUCUUUCUUUCUUUCUUUUCUUUUAUACUGUCUCGUCAGCUACUUUUACUCUUUCUUUCUUCCUUUUUCUUUUUUUUAUAUUGCCUCAUCGGAUACUUUUCUUUUUUUUCUUUUUUCUAUACUGUUUCGUCAGAUACUUUCUUUCUUUCUUUCUUUCUAUACUCUGUCGACAGAUACUUUUAUUCUUUCUUUUUUUUCUUACUAUUAAUCCAUUGUUCUUCUUAUUUUUUUUCUUUAUACCAAAAACCAGUUUUUCUUUCUUUCUUUUUUCUUUCUAUAUAUUCCCAUUUUAUAAAAUUUUUUCUUUUGCCUUCCUUCCUUUUUUCUUUCUUUAUCUCUCCUUCCUACCUUACUUAUAUCGUUCUUUCUUUCUUUCUUUCUUUCUUUCUUUCUUCGUUCGUUCGUUCAUUCAUUCCUUUCUUUCUUUCUUUCUUUCUUUCUUUCUUUCUUUUCUUCUUUCUUCUUUCAUUCCUUCUUUCUUUAUUCUUUUUCCUUCUUUCUUUCUUUCUUUCUUUCUUCUCCCUUUGUUCGUGCAUUCAUUCGUUACUUUCUUUCUUCUUUUCUUUCUUUUUCUCCUUUCCUUCCUUCUUUCUUCUCCUUUCUUUCUUUCUUUCUUUCUUUCUUUCUUUCUUUCUUUCUUUCUUUCUUUCUUUCUUUCUUUCUAA